UAAUCAGCGAAUGAGAUGCACGGAAGCAGCAAGCUGACAUUGACCUUGGCUUUGGCCUUCGUGCUAAUUUACUUGGGAUGCACCCAAGCCCAAGGACAGGGCGACCUCUUCCGGUGCAAUGUGCAGUACAAGUGCUCGGAUGAAAAAGAGUUGGUUUGGGCCAUGGCCGACGAGCGUUGCCACGUGUUUCACAACAGGUGUCUGCUGAAGGUGGAGCAGUGUGCCCGAAAAAAUAGUAAUAAAUCGGAGCUGAUCGAAACCACCAAGGAAAUCUGCAAACCCAGUUGUACAAAGGUCUGUCCGGAUGUCUAUGAUCCUGUGUGUGCGCAAAUCUUCCAGGAGGAGUAUAUAACCUUCAGCAAUGAGUGUGAAAUGCGCAACUAUAUUUGCACCAACGAGAGGCCCUACUCCUUUUUUGCGAUCGGUGAAUGUGUUGAGAAACCAGUUGGUUAG